AUGGGUGUCACGUUUAAGAUUUCCAAGGCUGGGAGAAGGUUCCGGCCAAAGAUUUCUACUGAAUCGGCUACUCCCGAUUCGCCAGAAGAGCUGAAUUCGAAACCAAUCGUUCUAUCGGGGAACUCAAAGGCCAUUGUUGUAAGCGAUGCUGGCGAUGUUUCUGGGUUUUCGCAGUCAUCUUUGCCUGACGUAUCUCCAGAGCAUGAAGUUUCCUUCAUAUUGAGCCUGUAUCCGAGUGGGUACUCAGUAGGAAAACCCUCUGAGGCUGUGCAACAUACAUCCUUCCGAGAGGCUCCAAAGGUCUUACAUCCGUAUGAUAGGGCAGCAGAGAGUCUACUUUCGGCUAUUGAGGCUGGCAGACUUCCCGGGGACAUUUUGGAAGAUAUACCUUGUAAAUUUCUGGAUGGGGUGGUCAUAUGUGAGGUGCAUGACUAUCGGAAACAUACCCCAGAGCAAGUCUCUCCUGUGAUAAAUAAAUUGAGCCUUAAGAUGUCACUUGAGAAUGUGGUAAAAGAUAUUCCAUCAAUGUCAGACAACUCAUGGACAUAUGGUGAUCUCAUGGAAGUGGAAUCCAGAAUAUUAAAAGCCCUACAACCUGAACUCUGUCUGGAUCCUGUUCCCAGACUUGAUAGGCUGAGUAAAAACCCUGUGUCCACUAAGCUCGACUUGUCUUUUUCUACUUUGCGGAGAAAGAGAUUAAGGCAAAUGACAGAAGUGACAGUUAUGUCUCAGAACAAGAUUCAUGGGAAAAAGGUUUGCAUUGAUCGGCUUCCGGAAAGUUCAGAGCGGGGAAAUAUGCCGGGACAUUUGUUAAUGCAUCAAAUCCAUAACAAUCAGGCUAUUCAAAAUCCUGGUACAAAUAUGUUGGUGGGGUUAAGAAAUCAGACCUCGCAAGAUGCGCCAACUUCCUCACUGCCGUUGGUACAACCUCAGCAACAAAGGUACCUGGGAACUGGAAAUAUAAGAAACAUGCAGGAUCAAGGAUCAAAUUCUGUCAAUGUCCCUGGAGCUUCGCCUGGUGGACUAGAUGCAAUGUUGUCUUAUGCCUCUGAUAGUAUGAACCCCAGUACAUCUAUUCAUAGAAAGAGAGAAAGUCAAGAGCAAAUGUCUUCUGAGCAUAAGCGGGCAAGGGUUCCACACAUGGGUCCUGAUGGGGUUUCACAGCAACAGUUACGGCAACGCAUGGAUAGCCUUCAUGGAACCGAUACGAAUUGGAAAAAUGCGCUUCUACAGCAGCAAGAGAUGCUAGGUAGAAGUAUUCAAUAUCCAAAUGCAAGUACUCAGAGAUGUUCACCACAGCAAAUUGAAGGAGUUAUGAAUCAAGAAGGUGGUGCCAUGCAAUUUCCAGCUCCACAACGGGGAGGUGGGGCACUGCGAUACCCCUCUAAAGAGGAGCCAUAUGAGAGUGGUAAAAUUGAUGGUAAUAUCAGGAACAAUUUGCCGGGGGGAAGUGAUGCAAAUGAUUUUCAAUCAAGGAUGCCCCAUAAUGGAUUCACGAGAUCAAAUUUCCCUCAAGCGUCUUGGAAUGUUAAUCCUGGCCAACAGAUUGAAAAAGACCCAAGAAAAGAAGAACAGUUCAGUAGAAGGAUCGCCGCUCAAAGUCCUCGUUUAUCAGCAGGUGCUCCACCACAGUCCCCACUUUCAUCGAAGUCAGGUGAGUUUUCUGGUGGUUCAAUGGGGACCCACUAUGGAGCAGUUGCAGCUGCUCAAAAGGACAAGGCUGUUACUUCUAUUCCUGCUAUUGGUGCUACUCAGUCAGUGGGUUCUAGUGCUAAUGAUGCUAUGCAGCAAAGGCAACACCAAGCCCAAGUGCCUGCAAAACGGAGGACAAAUUCUCUUCCUAAGACGCAAGUUAUGAGCAGUGUUGGUUCUCCUGUUAGUGUCAAUACUAUGAGUGUCCCAGUUAAUGCAAGGAGCCCUUCAAUGGGAACCCAAACUUUGGGCGAUCACGCAAUCCUCGACAGAUUCUCAAAGAUUGAACGAGUUGCCGCAAGGUACCAACUAAACUGCAAAAAGCAUAAGGUGGAUGAGUACUCCCGAAGACCUCGUUCGUAUACUCAACAGUCCCUGAUGGGUUGUCUUUCGAACCUGUCUAACAACGAGGACUUCAAAGACGAGGAAAAAGUACUAUCAAAAUCUAUUCUUGGGGGCAGCAUGAAUACAUGCAAAACGAGAGUCAUCAACUUUCUUCAGUUAGAGUGUGUAAUGCUAGGUAAUGUGUCUUCCAUCGUCCCUAAAAUAAGAACACGGCUGGUGAUGUCAGAGAAGCCCGUCGACGGGACAGUAGCAUGGUAUCAAGGGGACAUAGAUGAUGGUGAUGUUUUUCCGUCUGAAGAUCAUCUCUUAGCGUUGCCCAAUACACACAUCGCCGAUCUACUUGCUGCUGAAUUUAAAGCACUGAUGAUCCGUGAAGGAUACCGCACGGAAGAACAUAUUCAGGCAAAGCCACAUCGUGGGGAUGCUGGGCCAAGCAGCAGCCAGUCUGGUGGUUUUCCAAGGGGUAACUCUGCAAAUGAUAUGCAACAGUAUGGAGAUGCAGCUGCAGGAGCAUCCAGUGAGGCAUCGAAACAGGGGAAUGCGCCUAUAAACGCAAGCCAGAAUAUUCUUGCAAAUGCAAGGAUGCAUCCUCCGGCAAAUUCUCAAGCCUUGCAAAUGUCUCAAGGACUGUUGUCCGGUGUCUCCAUGCCUAUGCAACCACAACAGCUUGACCCACAACAGUCAGCGCUGCUGUCAUCACAGCUACAGCAGAAAAAUCAGAUGUUUACACAGCAACAGCACCCACAAAUGCAGAGAGCAUCUAUGUUGCUGCCUACAAACCCGCUUUCAGCUAUCAACUCGAUGAACCAGAGCUCUGGUAUGCAGCCGGGUGGUCAGAUGGGCAACAAGCCUUCGCCUCAUCAACUGCAGAUGUUGCAGCAGCAGCACCAGGCGGCAAUGCAGAAGAAGAUAAUGAUGGGGCUGGGAUCAGGUGUAGGCAUGGGUAUGGGUGGUAUGGGUAUGGGAAUGGGAAGCAUGGGCAACAGUAUUGCUGCACUCGGAGCUUUAGGCAACCAAAUGAAUAUGGCAGGGAGAGGGAUUGGGGGAACCGGAAUCUCAUCAUCAAUGUCUGUUCCUGGCAUCAGUAAUAUGGGCCAGAACCCAAUGAAUCUGAAUCCAGCAUCAAACUUGAAUGUAAUAAGCCAGCAAAUCCGAUCGGGUGCGUUAACACCACACCAAAAUGCCGCUGUGUUUACAAAUCUUAGGAUGGGCUUGGCGAACAGAGGAGGUGUAAUGGGUGCUCCACAAGGUGGGAUAAGUGGCGUGUCAGGUGCCAGGCAGAUGCACCCGAGCUCAGCUGGUCUUUCCAUGUUGGAUCAGACUACAUUAACCCGAGCUAACCUGCAGCGAGCUGCUGCUAUGGGUAACAUGGGCCCACCUAAGCUGAUACCUGGAAUGAAUAUGUACAUGAAUCAACAGCAACUCCAGCAGCAGCAGCAACAACAACAACCUCAACAACAACAGCUGCAGCAUCAGCAGCAGCAACAGUUGCACCAUCAGCAACAGUUACAGCAGCCUAUGUCUCAGCCACCUCAACAGUUAGCUCAGUCUCAGCAGCAGCAGUUACAGCAACAUGAGCUGCCUCAACAACCACAGCAGCAGCAGCAGCAGCAGCAACAGCAACAGGCUGCAGCCUCCCCUCUUCAGUCUGUGCUAUCACCACCCCAAGUAAGUUCGCCAUCAGCUGGAAUUACCCAGCAGCAGCUGCAACAGUCCAGUCCGCAGCAAAUGAGCCAGAGAACUCCUAUGAGUCCGCAGCAAAUGAGCCAGAGAACUCCUAUGAGUCCCCAGCAGAUGAACCAAAGAACUCCUAUGAGUCCUCAGAUUAGCUCGGGCACGAUGCAUCCCAUGAGCACCAGCAACCUCGAGGCUUGUCCAGCGAGUCCACAGCUAAGUUCUCAGACACAUGGAUCCGUUGGUAGCAUCACCAAUUCCCCAAUGGAGCUUCAAGGUCCCAAAAACAACUCUGCUGGUAAUAAUCCCUAA